AUGCCCAUCAACAAGUCAACCGACACCCUUGAAGUGCCAUACAAGGAUGAACACAGUGUUCUCUAUGAGCAUCAUCAAAAGCUCAACAACAAUCAAUCACCAAAAACACCUGCACUCACAGUAUCACCUUUGGAAGAGGGAGAUCAAUUGGCAGUUCAAACCAUUGUGGAAGAAGAGAAAAAGCUUGAAGAAAGUGAUUUUUCAAAAUCUGGAUUUCAAAAGACAAAAAGUCUUUUUAAAAUUGCAACGGAUAUGAUGAAACAUAGCGAAUGGGAAUGGUCUGAUUCUAUCGGAUUGGGUUAUUAUUUAAAUUUUAGAAAAGAAAAAAUCGAACGUGAUUUUUCUCAUGUGAUUGAUGAAGCCUUUAAAUACAAUUCCGAUAAGAGAUGUUUUGUAAAAAACGAUACAGAAAUUAGUAUUGACACUAUUGAACUAUGGAAAGAGUAUAUCACUUGUAUUAGACUUCUUUUUAAGGAAUAUGAUAAUUUGAUUUUGAAAACAACUUUUGAUUAUGCAGAUAUUUUAGAGUAUGAACCAAAGGGAAAUGCACAAAGAAGUGCAUAUGCGAUUUGUAGAGACACAAACCGAAAAAGUUUAUUACUAUUGAUCGAAGGAACUAAAUCUUUCCAUGAUCUCCUUACAGACCUCAACGCAGAAGCUUUUGCUUUUAAAUGUGACGCCUUUUCAUCAUCGGAGAAUCAUUUUGUUCAUUCUGGGAUGCUUGAACGAGCGUAUUGGUUUUAUUAUCAAAUUAUUCCAAAAAUUGAAAAAUAUUUGAAAAAAGAUUUUCCUGAUUACUCAUUCACCAUUGUUGGUCACUCAUUAGGUGCUGGAACGGCUGCCAUUCUAACAUUGCUCCUUGUGACCAAGAUGCCAAAUAUUAGAUGCUUGGCAUUUGCUUGUCCUAAAAUUUUCUCUCAUGAACUUGCACGAUCCGAUUUGGUAAAACGAUAUAUUACCACUUUUAUCAAUCAAGACGAUUUUGUUCCAUUGUUUUCUGUCGAGAGCUUUAGAGAAUUUAAAAUUAAGAGAAUGACUAAUUGGAAAUCAGAAGUGAUGAACGAAACUCAGCUUGGAAAAUUUCUAAAAUCUACAGACACUUUACUCGAUCAGAGCGGAGUGUAUAAUGCUUUUUCUAGCCUAAAAAACGGAAUCAUGAGUGGAUACAAUUACAUUGUCAAUGGUUCGGAGAAAAACAGUCAACAAAAAUCUCCAACAACAUCUACACCUCCUUCUAUUAAGAAAAAAUCUCUGCCUCCUUUACCUAAAAGUCUUACCAAAAAGAGACUUAUUAAGGUGCAAGAAUUUAAGGAUCAACAAGUUGAUGAAGAAGAUGAUCUCUUUUUUUCAAAUCUUGUCAAGCAAUACGAAGAAAGCAUUUCACAACAAGACUCAGUUGUCGAUGAAACAACUAAAGAGUCAUGCUCUCAAAAUCAAUUUACCAAUAGCACGGAUGGUAUUGUGACUUGUGGAGAAGCAACUGAUUUACGACAAGAAAAUGUUGUUGAUGCCAGCACGACUAUCAUUUCAAGUUCAGAUGAGACUGUUGUUGAAGAAGAAUUAGAGAGUCACUCACAAACCACCUUUGAAAUCUCUUCACAAAAUGCAAGUGAUGGGGAUUCAGUUCAAAAAUCUGAAUCAACAAUUAGUGUCAGUUCAGUAUCAACUACAAGUAAUGUACAAACAUCGAUGAGAGAGCUUCCAAAGUUACCUCAAUCUUUCACAACUGGAGUUCACUUAUAUUCUCCAGAAACUUUAUUUUUAUUGAGAACAAUUGAUUCCAAGGUGUAUCUCAAACAAUGCAAACCUUCAGAGUUUGAACAUCUUGAUUUUGUUGGAAGUUAUGUUGCUGAUCAUUUUUCAAAAAGUUAUAUUGCCUCUCUGGAAGGUUUGUUGCAGAGCACCAAUCGAAAAUUACCUCCAUUACCUUCAAGUUUGCUCGCAAAAAAGAUGAUUGCUGACCUUCACCAGGAUGAAACUCCUCAGCAACAAUCACCAAUGGGAGCUGACAGCACACAAAUGUAA